UAAGAAGAAAGCUGACUAUUUCUUCCUCUUCCCCAAAAAUCCCUCAACUUUUGUUUCUUUUUCUUCUCUCUCUCAUCGCCCAAACUAACGGGUCGGCCUUCUCCCUUCCCGAGAUCCGCCGAUCCAACACCCGGAGCUCUCUGUACUCCGGUGCGGGUCUCGGAUCCUGCAACCCAAACCCGAUAUCUCGCCCGUUUCGCCCGGUUCAAGAUGGUGUCGGCCAAUCGCGAAAUGGCGGUCUACUGCUUCGAUACCCUCGUUGCCCAUUACAACAGCGAUCAGGCGCCUCCUCCCUCUUUCGAUGAAGGCGAACACCCACUGUUUGUUACUUGGAAGAAAGCUAUUAAUGGUGCUGAGCCACGCUUACGGGGUUGUAUUGGUACACUAGAAGCUCGGGACCUGAUCAAUGGUUUUAGGGAUUAUGCUUUAACUAGUGCGCUGAGGGACCGCCGAUUCUCUCCAAUACAAGCUAAAGAAUUACCAUUUUUGGAAUGUACAGUUUCCGUACUAACUAAUUAUGAGUCUGCUCUUCACUACCUUGAUUGGGAGGUUGGAAAGCAUGGUUUAAUUAUUGAGUUUACUGACCCUGAUAACAAUAUAAGGCGCAGCGGAACUUACUUGCCAGAGGUGGCUGCCCAUGAAGGUUGGACAAAGAUCGAAACUAUCGAUUCAUUGAUGAGGAAAGCGGGAUACAAUGGGCACAUCACCGAGGCACACCGCAAGAGGCUUAACAUCACACGCUACCAGAGCACCCUCUACACCAUGCACUUCAAUGAAUAUGUCUCCUACGUGAAGACAACAAGAGGGGCUCCCCCUAUAAUUGUUGGGGUCAAGCCCACCCAUUGAUUUCAACAGCCUGUUAGCAUUUCUUAAAUUAUUGCUGCUAGCUUUAUCAUUUACCUUCCAUUGUGAAGCAGUUGGGGGAUAAAAUGUACUUUGAAACCCAGCCCUUCUGCUUAUUGCCUAUUCCAUCAUUUGUUAAAACUCGAAUUUGAUGGGUAAGGAGGAACCUCCUGUUAUCAAAACAGUGUCAGCUUUUAUAAAACAGCUUCGUCUGUAAGUAGCAUCCUGCAAAGGUUUCAUGUUCUUUUAAGUUGUAUAUGGAACUCAUAUGCAGCGACCUAUGACUGAGCUCGGCUCAGGGCCGGACUAUGGCUUUUUCAUGUUCU